AUGGAUUCGGAUAGUGAGAACGUGGAAGGCGAGUCGAACGAACCGCCGCGUUCGGCACAGAAUGCGCCAGGGCCAAAGGCGGUACCCACUGCUGAUAAGGAAGACGAGGAAAGCCUUUCAGAGGCCCUCUCCUGGGGCAUGAUGCGGAGCAAGUGGGACAGAGAGGACAAUGCCGAUCGUAUCGGUAUGCCCAUGCACUUUUCCAUCUUUAUCCUUGCCCAUGAGCUAUCGUUUCAGGUGUCUAGCUUAUAA